AAUGGUUUCUAUAGUGAUUUAAUUAGUUUGAUCGUUAACAUCAAAAUAUAAGACAUUUUAGUAUAAUUUUGUGAUGGAAGUUUUAGAGAGGCCACAAAUAAUUUGCCACAAUGAAAAAGCAUUGGAUUAUUCGAUACAGGAUGUUAAAUGGAUACCCUGUUCGGCAAAAUUUGUUUCAAUUGGUGGAAAAUCUAAUGGCGCUGGUAUUGUUGAAAUUUAUUCUUUAACCAGUGACAAUCUUGAAAAAGUGAGCGAGUUUGCCAAGAGAGAUCAUUUUAAAUGUUGUACAUUUGAAGCUUCUAGUUUACGAAAUCGACAUUUAGCUACCGGGGAUUAUUCGGGACGAUUGCAAGUCUGGGAUCUUGAAGACAAUAUAUGGCCAGUAUAUAAAACAACACAACACAAAGCAAUCAUUAAUGCAAUCGAUGGAGUAUCUGGAACCAAUUCAGGUUGUGGUGCACCAGAAAUUGUCACAGGAUCCAGAGAUGGUUCGGUUAUGGUUUGGGAUGUGAGGCAGAAAGACAUUCCAGUAGCUAAAUUUGUGCCUUCGAUCGAAACAGCAGCAAGGGACUGCUGGUCUGUGGCUUUUGGUAACUCUUAUAACAACGAAGAACGAGUUGUAGCAGCCGGUUACGAUAAUGGAGACAUCAAAAUUUACGACUUGAAAACUAUGAAAUUAAGAUGGUCCAAAUGCGUCAAAAAUGGGGUUGUAGGUCUGCAGUUUGACAGGAAAAAUAUACCAAUGAAUAAAUUGGUUGCAACGACGUUGGAGUCCAAAAUAUAUUGUUAUGAUGUAAGAACGAAACAUCCGAAAAAAGGAUUUGCUUGUGUUACGGAGAGAGCGCACAAAUCUACUGUUUGGAAUAUUAAACAUUUACCUCAAAAUCGAGAAAUUUUUAUGACUACCGGUGGAACUGGAAGUUUGUGGCUUUGGAAAUAUGUUUAUCCUGAUAGGAGAGUAGAAAAAGAUGCAGAUGGACUUCCGUAUGGCGUGCCAGGAGAGCUUUCCAGUUUGCAGAACGCUACUUUAUCCGAACAACCAAUCACUGGGUUUGAUUGGUGUAUUGAUAAAAUAGGUUUAGCUGUUUCUUCAGCUUUCGAUCAGACGCUGAGGGUAUUAAUUGUAACCAAACUUAAUUUGUACUAAGAAACAAAAUGUACUUCAUUAAUUUUAUU